UCUUCAGGGUGGGAGAUGAGGAGCGUGGGAGAGCGGGCGCUUCGGCGGUGCCACCCCGAGGGCCCCGGGCGACGCGCGGCCCGAGCGGACGGGUGUGCGGCCCGGCCGGGGGUUCGGGUUCGGUUCCGGAUGGAGUGGCGGCCGGGGUGGGCGAGGGGGUGCUUCCUGCCGGAGGCUGGCGGCGGCGCGGGCGAGGAGGGCGGGCGCCGGGCCCGGCGCUGCUCGGCGGGCCGGGGCUCGCCUCCUCCCCCGGGGUGCGGGGGUGUGUGCUGGGUGGGGGUGGGGGACUUGCGAGUUGUCGUGCGCGGAGGAAAGUUUUCAAUAUGGCGGCGGGAGCCCCUGGUCCUUUGUGUGGUGGCGGCGUCGGCCCGGAGCGGCCCUCACCUGGGCGCCCCACCCCGCGGGCCGGGGCACCCCCUUGCCCCCCGGGCUCCGGGCUUCCUGCUGUUCCCCGGGCCGGGCUCGAGGAGGGGGCGUCCAGCGCUGCCGGGGGGCGGGGAGGAGCCGCGGGGCCGGCCCCGGAGCCGAGGUGUUGUGGGGGGCGAUUGGCAGCCACCAUUUGCAUGUGAUGUUGACAAACUUCAUUUUACCCCACGUAUCCAGAGGCUGAAUGAAUUGGAGGCUCAAACUCGAGUAAAACUGAAUUUCUUGGACCAGAUUGCAAAGUACUGGGAGUUACAGGGAAGCACUCUGAAAAUUCCACAUGUGGAAAGGAAGAUCUUGGACUUGUUUCAGCUCAAUAAGUUAGUUGCAGAAGAAGGUGGAUUUGCAGUUGUUUGCAAGGAUAGAAAAUGGACCAAAAUUGCCACCAAGAUGGGAUUUGCUCCUGGCAAAGCUGUGGGCUCCCAUAUCAGAGGGCAUUAUGAGCGAAUCCUCAACCCCUACAACUUAUUCCUGUCAGGAGACAGUUUGAGAUGUCUGCAGAAGCCAAACCUGAGCACAGACACAAAGGACAAGGAGUACAAACCCCAUGAUAUUCCCCAGAGGCAGUCUGUGCAGCCCUCAGAAACAUGCCCCCCAGCCCGACGAGCAAAACGCAUGAGAGCGGAGGCCAUGAAUAUUAAAAUAGAACCAGAAGAGACAGCAGAAGCCAGAACUCAUAACCUGAGACGACGAAUGGGUUGUCCAACUCCAAAAUGUGAAACUGAGAGAGAAAUGAAAAGCAUCGUCAAGCAAGAACCCAUUGAGAAGAAAGAGUACAUUGUAGAAAGCGAGAAGGAAAAACCCAAGAGCCGAUCUAAAAAAACCACCAAUGCUGUGGAUUUGUAUGUCUGCCUCUUAUGUGGCAGUGGCAAUGAUGAAGACCGGCUUCUUUUGUGUGAUGGGUGUGAUGACAGUUAUCACACCUUUUGCUUGAUCCCACCUCUCCAUGAUGUUCCCAAGGGAGACUGGAGGUGUCCUAAGUGUUUGGCCCAGGAGUGUAGUAAGCCACAAGAGGCAUUUGGCUUUGAACAAGCAGCCAGGGACUAUACUCUCCGUACUUUUGGGGAAAUGGCAGAUGCGUUCAAAUCUGAUUAUUUCAACAUGCCAGUCCACAUGGUUCCCACAGAACUGGUUGAGAAAGAAUUUUGGCGACUGGUAAGCACUAUUGAAGAGGAUGUCACAGUAGAAUAUGGAGCCGAUAUUGCCUCAAAAGAAUUUGGCAGUGGCUUCCCUGUCCGAGAUGGGAAAAUCAAACUUUCACCUGAAGAGGAGGAAUAUCUUGAUAGUGGCUGGAAUUUGAACAAUAUGCCAGUGAUGGAACAGUCUGUCCUUGCUCACAUUACCGCUGAUAUAUGUGGCAUGAAACUUCCUUGGUUAUAUGUAGGAAUGUGCUUUUCUUCAUUCUGUUGGCAUAUUGAAGACCACUGGAGCUAUUCGAUUAACUACCUGCACUGGGGUGAGCCAAAAACCUGGUAUGGAGUCCCAGGGUAUGCUGCCGAGCAGCUAGAAAAUGUAAUGAAGAAACUAGCUCCAGAGCUCUUUGUGUCCCAGCCAGAUCUUCUCCAUCAGCUUGUGACCAUCAUGAACCCCAAUACCCUGAUGACUCAUGAAGUGCCUGUUUACCGAACUAAUCAGUGUGCUGGGGAGUUUGUGAUUACGUUUCCAAGAGCCUACCACAGUGGUUUUAAUCAAGGUUUUAAUUUUGCUGAGGCUGUUAACUUCUGCACUGUUGAUUGGCUGCCAUUAGGCCGACAGUGUGUGGAGCAUUAUCGUUUGCUUCACCGCUAUUGUGUAUUUUCCCACGAUGAGAUGAUUUGCAAGAUGGCUUCCAAGGCUGAUGUACUAGAUGUCGUAGUGGCUUCAACUGUUCAGAAAGACAUGGCCAUUAUGAUUGAGGAUGAGAAAGCUUUAAGAGAAACUGUCCGUAAAUUGGGAGUAAUUGAUUCAGAAAGAAUGGAUUUUGAGCUGUUGCCAGAUGAUGAGCGUCAGUGUAUAAAAUGCAAAACGACAUGCUUCAUGUCUGCCAUCUCCUGUUCUUGUAAACCUGGCCUGCUUGUUUGCCUGCAUCAUGUGAAAGAAUUGUGUUCCUGUCCCCCUUAUAAAUAUAAACUGAGGUAUAGAUACACUCUGGAUGAUCUCUACCCCAUGAUGAAUGCAUUGAAGCUUCGAGCAGAAUCUUACAACGAAUGGGCCCUGAAUGUGAACGAAGCUUUGGAGGCAAAGAUUAACAAAAAGAAAAGCCUUGUGAGCUUUAAGGCUUUAAUUGAGGAAUCGGAAAUGAAGAAAUUCCCAGACAAUGAUCUUUUGCGCCACCUUCGCUUAGUCACACAGGACGCGGAGAAGUGUGCUUCUGUUGCUCAGCAGCUGCUUAAUGGCAAAAGGCAAACUAGAUACCGAUCUGGUGGAGGAAAAUCCCAAAAUCAAUUGACAGUGAAUGAACUCAGACAGUUUGUGACACAACUGUAUGCUCUUCCAUGUGUCCUCAGUCAAACGCCUUUGCUAAAGGAUCUCUUGAAUCGUGUAGAAGAUUUCCAACAGCAUAGCCAGAAAUUGCUUUCUGAGGAGAUGCCCAGUGCUGCUGAGCUGCAAGACUUGCUAGAUGUCAGCUUUGAAUUUGAUGUUGAACUUCCACAGCUUGCUGAGAUGCGUGUCCGUCUGGAGCAGGCCCGCUGGCUAGAAGAGGUGCAACAAGCUUGCCUAGACCCCAGCUCCCUUACACUAGAUGAUAUGAGACGUCUCAUAGACCUAGGGGUGGGUCUAGCCCCAUAUUCAGCAGUGGAGAAAGCAAUGGCCCGGCUUCAGGAGCUGCUUACGGUGUCAGAGCACUGGGAUGACAAAGCCAAGAGUCUUCUCAAGGCCAGACCUCGGCAUUCAUUGACUAGCCUUGCUACGGCAGUUAAGGAGAUUGAGGAGAUCCCCGCUUAUCUGCCAAAUGGUGCGGCUCUGAAAGACUCAGUGCAGAGAGCCAGGGACUGGCUUCAGGAUGUAGAGGCCCUGCAGGUUGGAGGACGUGUGCCAGUGUUAGACACACUCAUAGAACUUGUUACACGAGGCCGAUCUAUCCCGGUACAUCUGAAUUCUUUACCAAGACUGGAAUUACUAGUAGCUGAGGUUCAGGCUUGGAAAGAAUGUGCUGCUAAUACAUUCUUGACUGAGAAUUCUCCAUAUUCUCUUUUAGAGGUGCUGUGUCCUCGAUGUGACAUUGGCCUUUUGGGAUUGAAGAGGAAGCAGAGAAAGUUAAAGGAGCCCUUGCCAAGUGGAAAGAAGAAAAGCACCAAAUUAGAGAGUCUGAGUGACCUGGAGAGAGCUUUAACUGAAAGCAAAGAGACUGCUUCGGCUAUGGCAACACUUGGGGAAGCUCGCCUAAGGGAAAUGGAAGCCUUGCAGUCUCUCAGACUAGCCAAUGAAGGGAAGUUGCUGUCACCUGUCCAAGAUGUGGAGCUGAAAGUCUGCCUGUGUCAGAAGGCCCCAGCUUCCCCUAUGAUCCAAUGUGAACUCUGCAGGGAUGCCUUCCACACUAGCUGUGUGGCAGUACCCAGUAUUUCGCAAAGCCCCCGAAUCUGGCUUUGUCCCCAUUGUCGGAGGUCAGAGAAACCUCCAUUAGAGAAAAUUCUGCCCCUGCUGGCCUCCCUGCAGCGUAUCCGAGUUCGCCUUCCCGAGGGAGAUGCACUUCGGUAUAUGAUCGAAAGAACCGUGAACUGGCAACACAGAGCCCAGCAACUGCUUUCAUCAGGGAAUCUCAAAUUUGUGCAAGAUCGAGUGGGCUCCGGACUGUUGUAUAGCAGAUGGCAAGCUUCAGCGGGACAAGUGUCAGAGACCAGCAAGGGAUCUCAACCCACUGGCACAACAUCCUUUUCCUUGCCUGAUGACUGGGACAACAGAACCUCAUAUUUACACUCUCCCUUCUCUACUGGACGAAGUUGUAUCCCCCUCCAUGGUGUUAGCCCAGAAGUGAAUGAGCUGUUGAUGGAAGCUCAGCUGCUCCAGGUAUCCCUUCCUGAAAUUCAGGAACUUUACCAGACUUUACUUGCAAAGCCGACCCCUGCUCAGCAAACUGACCGGAGCUCACCAGCUAGACCCAGCGGUGAGAAGAAUGACUGCUGCCGUGGGAAACGAGAUGGAAUCAACAGUCUUGAGAGAAAACUGAAGAGACGCCUGGAAAGAGAAGGCCUCUCCAGUGAUCGGUGGGAUCGAGUUAAAAACAUGCGGACCCCCAAAAAGAAGAAAAUCAAACUGAGCCACUCCAAGGACAUGAACAAUUUCAAGUUAGAGAGGGAGCGUAGCUAUGAAUUAGUCCGUUCUGCCGAAACUCAUUCCCUGCCCUCAGACACAUCCUAUUCUGAACAGGAGGACUCUGAGGAUGAAGAUGCCAUCUGCCCAGCUGUGAGCUGCCUGCAGCCAGAAGGAGAUGAGGUGGACUGGGUCCAGUGUGAUGGCAGCUGCAAUCAGUGGUUUCAUCAGGUCUGUGUUGGUGUUUCUCCAGAGAUGGCAGAGAAAGAAGACUACAUCUGUGUGCGCUGUACUGUGAAGGACGCACCAAGCCGAAAAUAAAACACACACACACACACGCACACACACACACGCGCACACACACACACACACACACACACACACAAAACACCCCCCCCGCCCCCAACCACUUAACGUAAUUCAGGACUCCAACCAAGAAGAUUUCUUCAAUUUCUCAGCAAAGCUACAGGACUGGUAUUCAAACCAGCCUGUAAACGGUGCUAUUUCUAUUCCUUACGGGAUCAUUUUUCCAGAACUCUUUGAAAAAAAGAAAAAAACAACUAAAAAAAUUUUUGACACUUUUUGUAUUUUUUUCCUUAAGAGCUGUUUGUGGUUGUUGAGGUUUGAAAUGCUGACUGUUUUUUUGCAGGGGUUUCCACCAAUUUGGAAGGCAUUAGAGCUUGCACCUUUUCAUGUACAGCAUUAAAAUCUUACCUCUGUCUGGGAUUUACCGGCUUAAGAGUCCAACUCAGUUUCAGUGCCCAGAAGGGCACCAGAAAUUCCAGUAAAUCCUCAUUUGAGGAAUUUCUCUCUUGUUUACUCUGUUACCAUAUUGGGGAACUUAAGUUUUUCACUUUUGGGGUUUUUUGUUUGUUUCUUUAUCCACUUUUCUUUUUCCUGGUAGACUAGGUUUAUUUAUCUAAGCAAUAACUUCUAUGUUGGUUUCAGUGGCUGGAAUUAAAACAAAACAAAACAAACUUCCAAACAGUGUGUUGGUGCUUUAGCAUUUGGUUGAUGUACAGAACACGAAUGUCUAGUUUCUAGUGUCACUGAUGAACUAGUGAUGUAGAAAAGAGACUGCUCUGUAAGUCAUUGCCACAGCUGUAUUUUGGCUUUCUCCCUGCCCCUUCGUUCCUCUCCUUAUUUUUUUGGUAGCUUGUAUCAAAUGUUGCAGUUUAUAUUGUGGAAUAAAUCCUUGGUCCUAAUUUAA